AUGCCUGUGUUUUACUCACCUGUUCCCGAGAACCUGCAGAUGGGUCUGGCCUACAUGGGCAGCUCAGUGUUCACCAACAACAGGACGGGAGACAGCGACCUCACCAGGGAGCAGGAGGACGCAUCGGUGGUCAACGAGCUGGUCUCUCACCUCCCCCUGCAGAUGCUGCUCUACUUCAAUAUGUUUUAUUUUCCUUGCUGGUGGUUCUCGGCUGUGUUCAUGCUGGAAGUGAAGUUCUAUCAUCUGCCGGGAUAUUACCAGGCUCUGCUCAUAACCAGCAUGAUCCUCCUCACAGUCAUCGAAGUGGUGCGACUUUAUCUGGGCUACAUCGGCAACCUUGAAGAAAAGGUGCCAGAGUUGGCCGCCUUCUGGCUCCUGUCUUUCAUGUUCCAGCUGCCAGUGCUGCUGUUCUUCCUGACCGAUGAAGGAAUUAUCAUCCUGCCCCUGGAGAGAGCCGUCCACUCCCUGUACCUCCUCUUCCUCCUCGCCCAGAUCCUGGCCUCCUUCCUGGCGCUCAGGACCAUGACCCGAAAGCUCACCCUCCUCUUCCAUCUGCGGCAGUUUGGCAAAGUGGAGAGCCUCCGCCACGCGGGGAUGAGCCCCGUCCAUGGGUUGACGUACCAUAGAAGUGUGCUGCCUGUGUCACCAACUCGUGACAUGUAUGACUAAAGAGUUCACCUGACUCAACACUUGUUUACCUACAGUUCCUGACACUGGAAUUUGUGCUUAAGUGCAACUUCAUUCCUAAAUGUUUGAGUGUCUUUCACUGGAAAUUCAAAAAAAUGCCUUCUGAACACAGGACCCACCCCCUGUCCGGCCAUGAAAGACUCCAGCAGCAGCAAACACACUUUUGGGACAGAAAUCUAAAAUUAAAUAUAAAUGUCAUGAUGUAGAGACAUCCCAAACUGUUGCUUACUCUACA